CAUAUGGGGAAGGAAAAAAAAGUCGUUGGUAACCUAGAAAUUACAAGGAUACGAAAUCUAAAGAUACUGAGAAGAGAAGUUACAACAAGAAUGCAUAAACAUGGCUUUGUUGGAACUGUACACCAAGUACAACAGAGUGUGGAUACCAGAUGCAGAACAUGUGUGGAAAUCAGCCGAAAUUACGAAAGACUUUAAUUUUGGGGACAAUAUUCUUGAAUUGCUUCUUGAAGAUGGCAGUGAGCACCACCUCCCUGUUGACCCGUCAAAACCUCAACUCCCUCCGCUCCGCAACCCGGACAUCUUGGUGGGGGAGAACGACCUCACUGCCCUCAGCUACCUGCACGAACCUGCAGUCCUGCAUAACCUCAAAGUGCGAUUUGUGGAGUCCAGAAUCAUCUACACCUACUGUGGUAUCAUACUGGUGGCUGUAAAUCCAUACAAACAGCUUCACGUCUACGGAGAUGCAAUCAUUCAUGCCUACUCAGGCCAGAACAUGGGGGACAUGGACCCUCAUAUAUUUGCAGUAGCAGAAGAGGCUUACAAACAGAUGCCCAGAAACCAGAAGAACCAGUCUAUCAUUGUCAGUGGUGAAUCCGGAGCGGGCAAAACGGUGUCUGCUCGGUACGCCAUGAGGUACUUUGCUGUUGUGAGCAAAUCUGGAAGUAAAACUAACGUUGAAGACAAAGUCCUGGCGUCCAAUCCGAUAACAGAGGCAAUUGGAAACGCAAAGACCACCAGGAACGACAACAGCAGCCGUUUUGGGAAAUACACAGAGAUCGGCUUUGACAGGAGGUACCGGAUCAUCGGAGCGAACAUGAGGACAUAUCUCUUGGAGAAAUCCAGAGUUGUCUUUCAGGCAGACAACGAGCGAAACUAUCACAUAUUCUACCAGAUGUGUUCUUGUGCUCACCUGCCAGAAUUCAAGCAUCUGAGGCUGUUGAGUGCGGAUGAGUUUGAGUACACCUCAAUGGGCGGAGAGAUCCGUAUCGAAGGUGUGGAUGACAGGAAAGACAUGGAGGAGACCCGGCAGACCUUCUCACUGCUGGGGUUGAAGGAGGACUUUCAGUCGGAUGUGUUCAAAGUUUUGGCUGCCAUUUUGCACUUGGGAAACAUUCAAAUCCGAAACUCUGGAGAUGGACAUUCCUCAGUUCCCCCCGGUGAUCCACACCUGGAGGCCUUCUGUGAGCUGCUGAGCGUGAGUGCGGACGGGCUGGUCCGGUGGCUGAGCCAUCGCAGGAUCGUCCUGGUGGCCGAGACGGUGGUGAAGCCGGUGCCCAAAGAGCGGGCCGUAAGCGCCAGAGAUGCCCUCGCCAAGCAGGUCUAUGCCCAUCUGUUUGACUGCAUCAUCAACAGGAUAAACACUGCGCUGCGGGUUCCAGGACAGCAACACGCCUUCGUUGGUGUGCUGGACAUUUAUGGCUUUGAAACGUUUGACGUCAACAGCUUUGAACAGUUUUGUAUCAACUACGCGAAUGAGAAGCUUCAACAGCAGUUUAACUUGCAUGUGUUCAAGCUGGAGCAGGAGGAGUACAUGAGAGAGGACAUUCCAUGGACGUUGAUAGAUUUCUACGACAAUCAGCCGGUCAUUGAUCUGAUUGAAGCCAAGAUGGGGAUCCUGGACUUGCUUGAUGAAGAGUGUUUGUUUCCUCAGGGGACCGAUCAGAGCUGGCUGCAAAAGCUGUUCAACUACCUGGAUGCCAAUCCUCUGUUUGAGAAGCCCAGGUUAUCAAACGAGGCAUUUGUCAUUCAACACUUUGCAGACAAGGUGGAAUAUCAAUGUACAGGUUUUCUUGAAAAGAACAGAGACGCUCUAUAUGAAGAAUUGGUUGACAUUUUGAGAGCCAGUAAGUUUCCUUUUAUAGCCAACUUCUUCCAAGAGGAGAAGCAAAUCUCUGUGAACAGUAAAGGUAUCAAAGUGAGACCUGCCAGACCCGGAGUGAAGGCAGCUAACAAACAGUUGAGAACCUCAGUGGGAGAUAAGUUCUGCAGCUCCCUCUCUUUACUGAUGGAAACACUGAAUGCCACCACCCCUCACUAUGUUCGCUGCAUUAAGCCCAAUGACGUAAAGCUCCCGUUUGAAUAUGACUCCAGGAGGGUGGUGCAGCAGUUGCGAGCAUGUGGAGUCCUUGAAACUAUUCGCAUCAGUGCUCAGAGCUAUCCAUCCAGGUGGACAUACAUUGAGUUUUAUAGCCGUUACAGUAUCCUGAUGUCAAACCAGGAGGCGGUCCUCAAUGAUAAGAAACAGACCUGCAAGAACGUCUUGCAGAGGUUAAUUCAGGACCCCAACCAGUACAAGUUUGGUCGGACAAAGAUCUUUUUCCGAGCCGGUCAAGUAGCUUAUCUGGAGAAGCUGCGUCUGGACCGGCUGAGAGGAGCCUGCUCUACAAUCCAGAAACAUGUCCGUGGGUGGUGCCAGAAGAGGAAGUACCAGCGCAUGAGAGAGGCUGCCAUCGUCAUCCAACAGUACAUCCGGGGAAAGAAGUCCAUCCGUAAAACAGUGAGUGCUGCAGCACUGAAGCAGGGCUGGGCCACGCUGGUGAUCCAGAGAUACUGGAGAGGUUACCGCAUGAAACAGAUCUUCCUGGUGGUCCGUCUGGCUUCCAUCACCAUCCAGGCCUUCACGCGAGGUUGGAUGGCCCGUAAACGGUACAAGAAGAUGAUCGAGGUGCAGAAAGCCCUCAUUCUGCAGAAGUAUGCCAGAGCAUGGCUGGCACGCCGGCGUUUUCAAACCAUGCGUCGGCUGGUGAUCAACGUUCAGCUCUCCUUCAGAGUUCAGCAGCUCAGAAAGAAGGUUGAAGAGCAGAACAAAGAGAACCGUGGAUUGAUGGAAAGACUGACACACUUGGCCAGCUCACACUCUCAUACCGUGGAACGGCUUCAGGGUUUGGAGGCACAGUUGGAAAAAUCAAACAGCCAGAAAGCCUCUGCGGAGGCGAGAGAGAAGAAAGUCAAAGAAGAAGCAAGUCUGACAAAUGCACAACUUCAGAAGGAAAUAGAUGCAGUAAAGCUCGAAAAGCAGAACUUGGAGAAAAGGUUUGAAGUUUCCACCAAAGAGGCCAAAGAGAGCUUUGAUCAGAUAAAGAGGAACCUCCUGGAAGAGAAAGAGUAUGAAGCAAGGUUUAGAAAAAUUGCAGAGAACAACAUUGACAUCCAGGCACAGGACCAUGAAAGGGAGGUGGAAACUCUGAAAGAGGAGAUUAAGAGACUGAAAGAAGAGAGAGUCACCCUGCAGAGACAGAUCGAGGAGGGAGGCCUGGUGAACUCUGACCUGCAGGAGCAGAUCGUCCAGCUCACCAAACACGUCAAGGUCAUUCCGGAGCUCCGCAGAGAUCUCAAUAAACUGCAAAACCAGAGGAACAGCAUGGACCGAAAGAUGAAGCAACAGUCAGAACAAGCAAGAGCUAAAAUGAACGAUAUUACGAGACAACUUCUUGGCGGUGUGGUUGAGGAGGACGUUGUUUUGGGGCUGACUCUAGACCACUCUGAGGAGAUGAAUGAAGGUGAAGAUUUUCUGGCUUCCUUUGAUGGUCUACAGAAAGCGAUCAGAAUACAAGAAAACCGGCAGAAGGAGCAGAAGGAAAGCCACGAGACGCAAGUGGAGGGCUUAAACUUGAAGAUGGACCACCUUCAAAAUGAGAACAGCAAGUUGCAGAACCUGUUCCAGGAGAAAAGUGACCUCAACGAGAACAUUCGCCAGGAAGUGUCCAGACUCAGCAGCGAGAACUCAGUUUUACCGGAGCUGAAGCUGCAGGCUUCAGAGCUGCAGAGACAAAAGCAAGAAUUGGAGGCCUCCCUAGAGGCGCAGAGCAGAGAGCUAGCAGAAAAAACUGAGGAGAUCACAAACAUUUUUCAAAAGAAGAUUCAAGAAGAAAGCUCCCAACGCAGACACUUUGAGGAAAAAGCUGAAGAUCUGGAGGAGCUGAAGAGGGAGCUUCAAGGCAAAGUGGAGGAGCUGGAAGACGAGAGUAAUCAUUUGAAGAGACAGCUGCUGAUGGAGAGCGAGGCCAAGAACAAACUGAGACAGGAGAUUUCACAGAUAACCGCUGAGAAUAUGGACUUUGAAGAGCAGCUUGACCAGAAAGACAGACUAAUAAAGAAACUUCAGAAUCAGAUAAAGAGCCUUGAAACAUCACAGAAAGCCAAGCAAACGCCCACACCUGCUAUUCCUAAAGAUUACCUCGGAAUGUUGGAGUACAAGAGAGAGGAUGAAUCCAGGCUCAUUCAAAAUAUCAUUCUGGACCUGAAGCCCAAAGGUGUGGUGGUCAACAUGAUUCCCGGGCUGCCAGCGUACAUCCUCUUCAUGUGCGUCCGCCAUGCCGACUACCUGAACGAUGAAGUCAAACUGAAGUCUCUCAUGAGCGGCAUCAUCGGGGCGGUCAAAAAGGUCAUCAUGAGUCAUCGCAAAGACUUUGAGUUGCUGUCAUUUUGGCUCUCAAACACGUAUCAGCUGCUCAACUGUCUGAAACAGUACAGCGGGGAGGAGGAGUUCCUGAAACAAAAUACUCCUCGACAGAAAAAGAACUGCUUGCAGAAUUUUGAUUUGUCUGAACACAGACAGAUUUUCAGUGACCUGGCCAUCCAAAUCUACCACCAGUUCAUCUCCGUCAUGGAAAAGACUCUAACUCCUGCCAUUGUGCCCGGAUUGUUGGAGCACGAGAGCUUACAGGGGUUUUCCAGCACGAAGCCGACGGGCCUCAGGAAGCGCUCCAACAGCACCUGCGAGGACUCCGGGACGCACACCAUCUCCUCAGUGGUUCAGCAGCUCAGCGCCUUCCACUCCACCAUGAGCCAGCACGGCAUGGAGCCGGGGCUCAUCCACCAGGCCGUCAAGCAAAUGUUCUUCCUGGUCGGCGCCACCACCCUCAACAACAUCAUGCUCCGCAAAGACAUGUGCUCCUGCAGGAAGGGAAUGCAAAUCAGGUGUAACAUCAGUUACCUGGAGGAAUGGCUGAAGGAGAAGGAGCUGCAAAGCUCUCAUGCUAUAGAUACUCUGCAGCCGUUGUCUCAGGCCGCCUGGCUACUGCAAGUCAACAAGUCCACUGACCAAGACGCCAAAGAGAUCACUGACAAAUGCACCGAGCUCAACCCCGUUCAGAUUGUGAAGAUUUUAAACUCCUACACUCCCAUUGAUGAUUUUGAGAAAAGGGUGACAUCGUCAUUUGUUCGCAAAGUUCAGUCUUUACUGCAAGAUCGGGACGGGUCCACCUCACAGCUGAUGCUCGACUCGGACUAUCGGUUCCAGGUCACGUUUCCUUACCGCCCGUCCUCGCAGGCUCUGGAGCUGCUGCAGGUCCCGAGCAGCCUUCACCUGGGCUUUCUAACCAGGAUCUGACACAGCCGGCCUUCAACCUUUUCCUUCUCAUGACUAAUAAGCUGGUGGACUAUUACUAUAAUUUACUGUAUAUAUAAAUAUGUGAACACUUUAAAUAAACAAUGAAAAAGAAAAUAUUUUAAAUAGGGGCCUAAUGGUGCAAAAAUCCUUUGUAAUUGAUAAAUGGUUUCAUUUUUUAUUCAAACACUUUAUCUGUUCUCAGGUGGAAGUUCCUGUG